GGGCUUGAUAGGAGUCUGAAUCCGGUGCGUGGACCACCGUUCCCUCUUCCCGGGAUCACUGGCCAUGAUAGCAGGUCUCUGUCUCUUUCUCGCUUCCCCUCUUGAUUGUCUGGGAGGAGCUCCCUCUGGGCUGCCAGAGUGCCCGGGUGAGAUAGGCACGUGGAUAUGGAGGGUAUACAUAGGGAGGGCAAGAGCUCUGGGACAUCCUCCUGGGAAGCUUCAAUAUAGCUGUGCAAGUCUGGAGUCUACAAGAGCCUACCACAGACGUUCUACAACCAACCAGAAUCAUGGAACAGCCAACUUCAUGCACAAAUGGGGAGAAGAGGAAGAGCCCCUGUGAAUCCAAUAACAAAAAAAAUGAUGAGAUGCAGGAGGCACCGAACAGAGUCUCAGCCCCUGAACAGAGCUUUCAAAAGACAAAAACAAUAGAAUAUCUAACAAUAAUAGUGUAUUACUACAGGAAGCAUAAGAAAAUAAAUUCAAAUCAACUGGAGAAUGACCAGUCCCAAGAGAACUCCAUCGAUCCUGUCCAAGAGGAAGAGGACGAAGGCCUAGACUCAUUUGAAGGAUCUUCACAGGAGGAUGAAGACCUAGACUCAUCUGAAGGAUCUUCACAGGAGGAUGAAGACCUAGACUCAUCAGAAUGAUCUUCACAGGAGGGUGGGGAGGACUAGUCAAACAUGGAGAAACCAAAUUGGACAAAUCCUCACCACCAAUGGCGAGGAUUACAAUAAAAUCAAGUUUGAGGAGCUGAUGACUGUGUAUAUCUCUGCCUGUUGUCUGAUGGUGGGAAGGAAGGGAAGGGAAGAGGUAGGCAUUUGAGAAGGGAAGGAUAUGAGAUCCUGUAGGGUUGGCAGACAGACCCACAGGUUGACAGUUACCCAGACAUUGUAAAUAAGGCCUGGGGGAGGACUUAUUCCUAGAGACAAAUUUUCUUCUUAAAAUUUUAUCUAACAGGAGAGGAAGAAAAGGACUUGGUGUUUGGAGCAUGUGAAUGUGUAGAAGGGCAUUUAAAAAGAUCUGUAUUGGCUGGGCGCGGUGGCUCAUGCCUAUAAUCCCAGCACUUUGGGAGGCCGAGGCAGACGAUCACCUGAGGUCAGGAGUUCGAGACCAGCCUGUCCAACAUGGCAAACCCCAGUCUCUACU